AUGGCUAAGGAAGCUAUAGUUUACCUUUAUAAAUACAUAUACAGAUCCCUAAUCGCUGCACCAAUUCCCCCCGCUGUUGAUAUGGCUGCACCAAUUCAGGCCGAUGCUGAUCCCCCAAUGCAGGCUGCACAAAGAUACAUUGCAGACAUUAAUGGUCUUAUCUCAACAAGAAGCAAUCAUUUUCAAAUUGUUGUCCAUGUCAUGUCAAUUUGGAAAAUGCUGGAUAACACUAAACAGAAGGACGUCAAAUCUCUGGAGUUGGCCUUGAUUGACGAUCAUGGUGGAAAGAUCCAGGCAACCAUACCAGUUAGAUUCAUGAAGGAUUUCGUUGAUCGAUUCACAAAAGGUUGUACUCGAAGGAUCUCAAACUUUGAUCAUGCAUUGAACAUAAAUGGCGAUUACUGUUGUGCCAAGCAUGAAUACAAGAUUGUUUUCGAGCCAAACACGUUGGUGGAAUAUGUAUUUGACUUUGACAUCCCAAAUCAUGUCUUUGAAUUCACUCCUUUUGCCGGGAUAACGAGUUUCAUGGCAAAUUUUGAUUACUGCUGUGUGAUCGUUGGUUAUAGUGACCCUAUUACUAAGGAAGAGAAAAAGAGGAUUACUGUUGAAUUGGAGGAUGAAAGAUGA